UAUCCAAAGUAAUAUAAACUUCCACUUUUAAUCCGCUUUCGCACGAGACGAGUCAAAGUGGGAGCCAAAUGCGUUUCCGGCGAAGAUAUUCUUGUCUUUUCUUUCACCAUCACUAUCAUUAGUAUACAUCAUCAUCCGCUACGCUGCAUCUCUGUCUAUAUAUGCACACAUUAUACAUACACGCGCCAGUUUUUAUUUUUGCUCCUCAGACUUUUCUUUGUUCUAGAUUUGAUAAAUCCAAGAAGCGUACAGAUCAAGAUUUCUUGAUUCUCUUUCUUCUUCAAGGCAGGGCACUAGUCAUUUUGGUUUUUUCAGAGUUAAGCAUAAACCCAUCAAGAAGAGAGGGAAAAUUAUAGUGUGAAAGAUCAGAUCGUAUAGUUUGUGGAGCCAUGUCUUUCACUGGGACACAACAGAAAUGCAAGGCCUGUGAAAGGACAGUUUAUCCAGUGGAGCUGUUGUCUGCUGAUGGAGUGGAUUAUCACAAGUCUUGCUUCAAAUGCACUCACUGCAAAGGAACCCUUAAGCUGAGCAAUUACUCGUCAAUGGAAGGUGUUCUCUACUGCAAGCCGCAUUUUGAACAGCUCUUCAAGGAGACAGGCAGUUUCAGCAAGAAUUUUCUGACACCUGAGAAGUCAACUCCAGAGAUGACAAGAUCACCAAGCAAAGCUGCUGGCAUGUUCUCAGGAACACAAGAUAAAUGUGCUACUUGUGGUAAAACAGCUUACCCUCUUGAGAAGGUGACAGUGGAAAACCAAAGCUAUCACAAGUCUUGUUUCAAGUGUGCACAUGGUGGAUGCUCUCUAACUCCAUCAAACUAUGCAGCCCUAGACGGCAUUUUGUACUGUAAACCGCAUUUUUCCCAGCUGUUUAAAGAAAAAGGCAGCUAUAACCAUUUAAUCAAGUCUGCAUCCAUGAAGCACCCUACAGCCACUGUUCCAGAUUCUUGAACUCUGUUUCUUUACUUAUUAUCUAUCUACACGUCAUGUGCUUUUUCGGGUUUUAUUUUGUUUUUAUUCUCUUGGAUCACCCUACAGGUCAACUAGAGAUGUUCGAUUAUUUACUGUGUUCUGUUUAUGUAUCUGCAAAGUGUAAUUUGUCAUUUGAUUAUGUUAUGAGAUGUUUCAGAUUUUCAAUCUGUGACUUGUGGAGUUUGAUUAUGUUAUGAAAUUUUUUUC